AUGGCAGACAAGUACAUCAUCCGUGUGACAGCCGGACCAGGCUACGACCUGGCCUCCCACGUCGAAGUGCCCGUCAACUCGCCCGCGCCAGUCCACAUCUCCAGCGACCUGAUCGAGGCGGACCUCAACGUCCGGAUCGACAACUACCGCGGUCUGCCGCGCAAUUCGCCGGCGUCUUCGCCUUACUUUGAGCGGGAGCCGCACAAGUACAACAGGGAUCAGUACUCUAUCGCUUUUCGGUUCCGGUUGAAGAGGCCCCAGGCUGCUGGAUCUGCUCAGAUUGGGGAGGUGCAGCAGCAAUCAGGUGAAGGAGACGAUGCCUCGGCUGACGGCGGCGUUCUUGCAACAGACCUUCAGUUCGGCAACGACUUUGACCACCCCAUCCGGGAGCGGUUGCCGCCCGGCUUCGGCACGGCCAUGAACAUUGUCAAAUGGUGGAUUGACCCCGGGUUAGAGGGCGAUCCGUAUGCCGACACGCCCUACCUUUACGGCCCCGCUCUCAGCUCCUUCAACGCAGUCCAUGUUGGUGAGGGGGAGCAAGACGAGGAAAAGGGCGGGCUAUGGUUUGAGGAGGGAGGUGAUGAGGCGGGCAUGGAUUGGCGGAGAAAGGUGGGCGCGCCCGAUGAUGCCAAGCAGAGGAUGAAGUGGGCGUUGAAGACGGGGAAUAAAGAGAUGUGGACGUGGAAGUAUGGAAGGACGUAUGGCGUGGAUUUCUUCAAUCCGUACAUUGACUUCAACGAGUUUGCGUUGAGGUUGCCUGGGUUUAAUCUGCCUAUUAUGAGGUACUGGGAUGGACAAGGGUUGAGGGAACGCAAACGCUUACACAGGCUCAGAUACGUUCUUCGGAACCGCUCCACUGGGCAGGUGUAUCUUGUCGUGCUCUUCACGCUGCACCUCACGGAAGAUGUGAAUGAGGAUGGCACGCUGAAGCCUGCCGCGUUGGCGGCGGCAGCUCAGGCGUCCGGGGGAAAAGGCUUGACGGGCGAAGCGCUGCCGGGGCGCGAGCCGGAACUAGAACUAGAACCUGAUGAGGAAGAUUUCCGCGAGGACGAAGUGCUGAGUGAGGCGAGGAGGAAGUUGUCAACAGUGGAUUUGAAUGGAGAGAACGGAACGACGGACGACGACAUAGAUUGACAUCAGUAUUAGGCUUCUGACUGAAUGGCCUGUGAUGGCCGCAAUAUACCACUCUCUGAACCGGUC